UGAAACGAAACCGAGAACGGAUUUACGCCGGACUGCAGCAGAGAUAGAGACAAGUAUUGUGAGCUUUGCACUUUGCUUUCACAGUUUUAUGUAAUUUAAGAUGGAAAGUGGAAACUGUAUCGCUAGACUAAACGAGUACGCUCAGAAAACACAAUCUAAACUGCGCUACGAGGACGUUGAGUCUGCUGGUCCCAGCCACAAUAAAACAUUCACCCAGAGGGUAGUCCUAAAUGGCAAAGUCUAUCCCGGUGGUGUGGGGAAGACGAAGAAGGAAGCCAAGUUUAAUGCAGCUAAAAAUGCCCUGACAGGAAUGUUUGGGAGCGAACAUCAGGACUCUGAUGACACAACUGCAGAUGAGAGUAACAACUCUACAGCAGCUCAACAACAGGAGGAACUAGAUCAACUUGUUUCUAAAACCAGUAAUAAGACAAGAAACCCGAGUGUGAGCUCUCAGGACAACAGCUAUAAAGAGAUUAAUUUCAUCGGAUUAGUUAACCACUACUGUCAGAAAAAAACCCUCUGCCAUACAUUCGUUGAAGUGAAGAGAUCCGGUCCAGCUCAUAUUCCUCAAUUUUUCUACAAAUUAAUAAUUGACAACAAGGACUACCCUGUGGCUGAGGGUAAGACUGCCAAGGAAGCCAAACAAAAUGCAGCUCAGUUGGCAUGGACUGCUCUUCAAGAACAAACAGACUGGGACAGCAAGGUGUCCGUCAGAUCAACAGUGUCCGAAGGUGGUGCACCAUCUUUGUUGUCAGAGCCAUCAACUCCACUGGAAUUCAAUGAAUCAUCAUCACAAAGCACGAGUCGCUCAAUAAUAUUCAAAGAUUCAUCAAACUCUUUUGAAGCUCAGACGUCCUCAUGGUCUACUGCAUAUGAAGAUGGUGAACCAACCAGGUGGUCAACUUCACUGGAGUCUCUUGCAUCGCCACAAAGCAUGGCGACGGGUACAAGUGGCUCAGAAAUAUUCACUGAUUCAUCAAACUCGUCCAACGAUCAGCAUGCUGUAAAAGACAAGAAUGUGGGAAAUAGUCAGAAUGGGACAUCCACCCCAAGCGUUAAUCUCAACAGGUUUACUUCAGACUAUGAUUCCAUGGAGCGUAUUGGCAGCGGAGGCUAUGGUCUAGUUUACAAAGCGAGACAUAAACUGCUGAACAAGUAUUUUGCAGUAAAGAUUGUCCUCAGUGAAGCGAAAGCUCUUCAAGAGGUGGCGGUAUUAUCAGACCUCCACCACCCUAAUAUCGUCAGAUACAACACAGCUUGGAUGGAGGAUUCAGGAUACGAAUGGAACAAUUUAGUUGGCAAAUAUUUCCGGUCUGCAGUUGAUUCAUCGGCAAAGUUCCUCUAUAUGGAGAUGGAGUUAUGUGACACAAAAACACUUACAGAGUGGAUUGCUGAGAAGAACGCUCAGUCUCCGCAAGACUCCAAGAGAAGUCAAGAAAGUCUAAGCAUUGCUCAGCAAAUCGUUAGUGCAGUGGAAUAUAUUCACUCCAAGAAGCACAUCCACAGAGACCUUAAGCCUGAAAACAUCCUGUUUGGAGUGGAUGGAAAAGUGAAGAUUGGAGACUUCGGUCUGGUCACCGGAGAUGAUGACUCUGCUAUGAUGGACAGAACAGAGAACAAAGGAACCCGAUCUUACAUGGCUCCUGAACAAAGGGGGACGACCUAUGACCGAAAAGUGGACAUAUUUCCUCUGGGGUUGAUAUACUUGGAACUCCUUUGGAAAGUCUCUUCUGGCCACGAAAGAGUAGAGGUUUUAAAGAAAGCCAGAAGUCAGAUUCUCCCCACAGGCCUUUUGCAGACUUUCCCAGAAGAGAACCAAAUCAUCAAGUUAAUGCUGCGUAAGAAGCCAGAAGACCGACCUGAAGCAAGUGAACUGAAGGCAGAUCUGGAGGAGUUGGCUCAGACAUUCGCAAAAAUAAUUUUGCAAAAUGUUACCGUCUAAUAAUCACAAGGAAUUGUUGUGACAAGUCUUAGGAGAGUUUGGAAAUAUGUCUGUUCUCGUGGCUGUCAUCUGAUGAAAUGGUUUAUAUAUGAUGUUAUUGAUAUUUGUCGAAAAACGGUUAACGUACUACACUUCUUUUAACACAUUGGCACUGUCCUGUCUGUACUUACAGGAGGUCAAAUCAUUAACCAAGCGAUCAAUGAACAUCCUAACAAAGGGGUUGUAAUAUCAUGGCUUUUAUAAUCAAGGAAUGAAACAUGUAAUCCAAUUUUAUUAUGCUUUUAAAAGGUAACUUUUUCAUUAAUUCACAUAUGUCCAGUUGUUUUAAAUAAUCAUGAGCUUGU